AUGACUCGACUUCACUCCAAUUGGAGCGCCUGGAAGGUGGCCAUGACGGCCGCGACCCUCGCCACUGGAGUUCUGGGUGACAGUAUCCUCAGGACAUCUGGUGUUACCGACUGUGGUUCUGAACCUGGCAUCUCUAUCCAAAAGCUGGACAUCAGCUACGACAACGACAAGCAGAUCGUUACCUUCGACGUCUCCGGUACUAGCGACAAGGAGCAAAACGUCUCUGCAAUCCUCGAGGUCAACGCCUAUGGCCGCAAGGUGUACGAAAACUCCAUCAACCCUUGCAGCAAAGACACUCCUAUCCCUCAGCUCUGCCCCAUGCCCAACACACACUUUGCAGCUCAAGGUGACCAGGAAAUCAAGCCGGAAUGGGCCAACCAAGUUCCCGCCAUUGCUUUCCAAGUCCCCGACAUCUCAGCCCAAGCAACUCUUAGACUGGUAGCUGUUGACGACCCUGACAAGCAAGUCGCUUGCUUCCAAACACAGGUCAACAAUGGCAAGACUGCUUCGGUCCCCGCUGUCACAUACAUCUCCGCCGGUGUUGUCGGUGCUGCUCUUCUCGUGUCGGGUGCUUCUGCUGCUUCAUCCACUCUAAGUGGAACUGCAGGCGCUGGUUCAGCUGGUGGUGCUCCCAGCCCUAGCUUUGCCCAAACUCUGGGAUGGUUCCAGGGAAUGGCCAUGAACGGAAUGCUUUCCGUCGAUUACCCUCCUGUGUACCGCAGUUUCACCAAGAACUUUGGUUUCUCUGCUGGUAUUAUUCCCUGGGAAUCUGUGCAGAGGUCCAUUGACAGCUUCCGCAACUCGACUGGAGGUGAUAUCACUACUGAUAGCUUCGAAAUCCUCAGCAACGCUACCCUUGUCUUCUCCGACAACUCUACUAGCCCUCCCGAGGACCAUUCUAACAAGGUCAAACGCGCCUUCAACACCUUUGAAUCGCUCGCCAACCUCGCCAUUCGUGGUGUUGAAACUUCCAUGGACAACGCGACCGACGGUGAGGCAGCAACUGCUGCUCAAGGUCAGACUCUUUCUGUUUCUGGUAUUACGGCCUUUGUGGAACAAUACAGAGUUCCCAAGUACAACACAUUCAUGACUGUUCUUCUGGUUGUCGCCAUCAUCAUUGCCUUCAUCAUCGUCAGUAUUCUCUUUGUCAAGGCUGUCCUUGAGUUUUGGGCACUGUUCGGCAACUUCCCUGAGUCUUUGAGCGGUUUCCGAGAGCAUUACUGGGGAUCCAUUGCGCGAACCAUUACCCACCUGAUUCUAGUCCUCUACGGUAUCUGGGUCUUGUAUUGUGUCUUCCAGUUCACAGUGGGUGACUCGUGGGUUGCGCAGCUUCUGGCUGGUGUUACACUCGCCAUUUUCACUGGUAUUCUGGGUUGGUUCACAUGGAAGAUUUUCAGCACGGUGAAGAGGCUGAAGAGCACCGAGGGUAACGCCGACGCCCUUUACAACGACAAGAAGUACUGGGUCAAGUACUCAUUGUUUUACGAAUCUUACAAGAAGGACUACUGGUGGAUCUUCAUCCCUACCAUCGUGUACCUCUUUGCCAAGGGCUGCACUCUUGCCGUCGGUGAUGGUAACGGUAUGGCUCAGACCAUUGCACAGCUGGUCGUCGAAUCCAUUAUGCUCUGCUUACUUGUCUUUACUCGUCCCUUUGAGCGCAAGUCCAGCAAUGUCAUUGGUAUCGCCAUCCAGACUGUCCGUGUCCUGUCGGUGGCUUGCAUUUUGGUCUUCGUCCAUGAACUCAACAUCCCUCAAGACAGCAAGACAAUUGCAGGAGUGGUUCUCAUCGCAGUCCAGUCUGCUCUGACUGGCCUCUUGGUUAUCCUCAUCCUUUGGAACGCCAUCAACGUCCUUAUCAAGGAGAACCCACACCGCAAGCGAAGAAAGGAGAUGGAGAAAGCCAAGCGUGAUAUGGACACUCUCACUCCUCUGGAUGCCCGCAACUCCCUUCUUCUCGACCGCAAGGAUAACAACAACAUCUCCAUGUUUGCCAUGCCCCCACCUCAAGAAAAGGGAUCUCUCCGAUCCAUGUCCCCUGACCAGUACAGGGACGCAGAAGCAGGUUACCGGCAACCCAACUACAUGUCUUCAAGCCCUCCUAUGAAUCGCAACCUGACUAACAUGGAGCCCGAUUCUCAAAACCUGAUGGGCAACGCUGCUCCUCCAGGCUGGAGUCAACAAGACCCCUACCCGUUGGGACGCCACGACUCUGGGGACACAGGUUACGGCCAGCAGCCCCAUGGACACGGAAAUGGUGGCGGAUACAGAGGGUUCUGA